GGCGACGGGGAAGAAAUCGAGCAGAUAACCUUCUGGUUUUGGCCAUGGUGUCGGAGCAGUCCAACUGAAAUUCUGCAAGCCAACGACUAUCUUUCAAGAGUAAGUUGCGGCGGCAAUGGUCAGAGUGAUCCGUUGGUAAUUCCGAGAAUUCAGCAUGAAGGAAGUGUGUUUGCAGUACAAUGUUCCGCUCCCGCUCCUUCCCACCACAAAAAUUCGAAUCCACCAGAGAAAAGCUCUUAAAGCCGCGGGAAGGAGGAAUUUGGGAAGAGCUGUAAAUUGCUGUUCUACGACGAGUGAGAAAAGGUCAGCUGCUUCUCUUAUCGAACCUCGUGGAUAUUACAUGAAAAGCGAAAUUGAUGAGGACUACGAGGAUGCAGACACGUCUUCGACAUUGCUUUCGUUGAGUAUGAAGCCCGAUCGGAACAUGUCUCUGUUGGACGAUUACGAGAUGGAAGAAAUGGAUUUUGAGGCGGAUAACCCAAACCACCGGAGUGGGUAUGUGGCGGUGGUUGGGAAGCCCAAUGUGGGGAAGAGUACUCUGUCCAAUCAAAUGCUUGGCCAAAAGCUUUCUAUCGUCACUGAUAAGCCUCAGACCACUAGGCAUCGAAUCCUUGGAAUUUGCUCUGGUCCUGUUUAUCAGAUGAUACUGUAUGACACACCAGGUGUUAUUGAGAAGAAAAUGCACAAACUGGACUCUAUGAUGAUGAAGAAUGUUCGCAGUGCUGCCAUCAAUGCAGAUUGUGUGAUUGUUGUUGUUGAUGCCACUAAGAUACCUCAAACGAUUGAGGAAGUAUUGGAAGGGGUUGGAGAGUUCAAAGGCAAAUUACCCACCUUGCUGGUGUUAAACAAGAAGGACCUCAUCAAACCUGGUGAAAUCGCCAAGAAAAUUGAGUGGUAUGAGAAAUGUACAGAUGCUGAUGAGGUUAUACCUGUAAGUGCCAAGUAUGGCGAUGGCGUAGAAGAUGUCAAGGAAUGGAUUCUGUCAAAACUUCCUUAUGGGCCAGCUUAUUAUCCUAAGGAUAUUGCAAGUGAGCAUCCUGAAAGGUUUUUUGUAGCUGAAAUUAUCAGAGAAAAAAUCUUUAUGCAAUACCGAAAUGAAGUUCCCUAUGCUUGCCAGGUUAAUGUGGUUGCUUAUAAAAGUAGACCAAAUGCAAAAGAUUUUAUCCAAGUUGAGAUUGUUGUGGAGAAGAAUUCACAGAAGAUCAUCCUCAUUGGAAAGGAAGGGAAAGCAUUAAAGCUACUAGCAACAGCAGCUCGACUGGAUAUAGAAGAUUUCUUGCAGAAGAAAGUCUUCCUCGAGAUUGAAGUAAAAGUGAAAGAGAACUGGCGACAGAACGAGGGGCUCCUCAAGUUCUACGGCUACGGUGGCCAAAUUCAAGCUUCCUGACAUUAACCGUAUUUCAUCCCAUGGCACCAAAUGGCUGCACAUUUUGGCAACAACGACUGAUGCUGCCUGUUCAGACACCCUAAUGUCACCGUCUUUUGCAGUCCAGUCGGCUGUGUGCCGGCGACAGCCAUCGUUGUGAUGUUGUAUAAGUUGAACAAAUGAAAUUUGUGGAUGAAAAAGAAAAAAGAAGCCCUUGAUGGUGCUCUACUUUUA